ACACAAAGAAAAGCCUUUAAUAUCCGGGGUAAGAUUCCUGUUAUUCUAGUAGUGAGUCGCUGAGAGUCAUUCAGAGUUGAGGCAGAUCUAAAGGAAAAGUGUUUUUUCAAAGUUAUUCCUGUGACGCCGAUCUUUUUAUUUGUCCUGAAUAACUUUUUGUUUUAGGAUAGAAAGUGUGCUUAGUUGUGGAAAGUGCUGAGCUGUGACUGAGUGAUGCAACAUGGCAGCAACUGGCAGGUUUCUGUCAGCUGUUAUUAGGAUCCACGGCCGUGGAACGGACACAGUGGGACAGAGGACACUCUCUUAUCUGCCCUCUGUCCUGAUCAGAAAAGAACCAGAGACAAACCCACGGUUUAAACGCCCAGGAUCGGAUGGACGCAGCAGCCUCGACCAGAGAGCUUCAGCCUGGAAGGAAGAAGGCGGUCGGUCAGGCAGCUCUGCCCGGCCCAAGUCUCUCUUUGUGGGGCUGGGACUCUGCGGAGCGGCGCUACUGGACCGCUUGAGGGAGGAUCAGGUGGACUCAGAGGGAUCUUCAGGAUCCAGCAGCUUUUUAAGACUCUUUCUGCCCUCGGCUCAGUGCGCCUCCCCGUUUAGACCCGACAGUCCCCGCUUCAGAUACAACUUCAUAGCUGAUGUGGUGGAAAAAUCCACUCCAGCUGUGGUGUACAUCGAGAUCGUGGGCAGAAAUCCGUUUUCAGGAAGAGAAAUCCCGGUGUCGAACGGCUCGGGUUUCAUCAUCAGCAGCGACGGCCUGAUCAUCACCAACGCUCACGUCGUGGCCAACAAGAGAGGCGUCAGAGUGAAGCUGACCAACGGCGACACGUACAACGCCACGGUGCAGGACAUCGAUCCCGGCGCAGACAUCGCCACCAUUAAAAUCACUUCCACUAAACCUUUCCCCACGCUCAAACUGGGUCAGUCGUCGGAGGUUCGUCAAGGAGAGUUCGUGGUUGCUAUGGGGAGUCCGUUUGCUCUCCGGAACACGAUCACCUCAGGGAUCGUCAGCUCGGCGCAGAGAGGAAGCCAGGAGCUGGGCCUGUCCAACUCCAACAUGGAUUACAUACAGACAGACGCGACCAUCGACUUUGGAAAUUCUGGAGGUCCUUUGAUUAAUCUGGAUGGGGAAGUUAUCGGCAUAAACACCAUGAAGGUCACUGCAGGAAUCUCAUUCGCUAUCCCGUCUGAUCGGGUGAAACUUUUUCUGAAUCAAGCAGCUAAAAGAAAAACCUCUAAGGUUGGUGACUUGAGUGUGAAGCCUCGGUACAUCGGUGUCAUGAUGCUAACGCUAACACCAAGCAUCAUUGCGGAGCUGAAGAUGAGAGACUCGUCUUUUCCUAACGUCAACCAUGGCAUUCUGAUCCACAAAGUCAUCGCCAGCUCACCAGCCAGCAGAGCUGGGAUGCUGCCAGGAGACAUCGUGUUGGAGAUCAACGGGGUCAUGGUGAACACCUCUGAGGAGAUCUACAAGGCCGUCAGGAGCAGCGACACCAUCAACAUGGUGGUGCAGAGAGGAAACCAGCUCUAUAAACUCCAAGUCACGCCUGAACACAUCGAGUGACGACGGCUGACGCUCGCUGGUGGCCGAACGUUUGCCAGGGAGAAAACUGUGAAACUUGAUGUAUUAAUGUGAAUAUUUUUAUUCAUAUAGAAUGAAAGUUGAAAUGUGGACAUAUUUUAGCAGCUUUACUGUUAAUUUCAAAGAUUCCUGGGUUUUCCUGCUGAUUUGAACAUUUGUAAAUCAUGGACAGUUUGUAAAAUAAAAGACUGAAAACAGCUUUUUAUUUUAUUAAAGCCAUUUAUUGUUAAACAGCAAAAACGAAGCAUGAGAGACUCAACACUAUGGCAAAGAAGAAUGGUAUUUAAACUACCAUUCAACAGAGCAAAUAAGCCUGUCUGGUCACAACUGUUGCUAUGACGACAAUGAUUACACAAGGAAAGAAAAACAGGAAAAAUCGCACCUAAUUGAACUGCUUUGAGUUCCUCAGACUCGGCAAUAAAACAUGAAGUCUGUUCAUGUCGGAGAAAAAAAUAAUCCCGAUACUGCAUGAGGGAAAUAUGUGAAAAAAGUGAGUAAAAUUUAAAUUUCCCUGUCAUAUGUACAGCAACACACACACACACUUACAGUAAAGUAAUAAAGUGACAUGUACUGCUACACAGUUAAUGUAAUUAGCUCACAGACAGCUAUUAAAAUGGAGAGAACAUUCAAACCAGUUAAGGUUCAGAUACGAUCACACUGCAAAAACGAUACUUAAGUAUUUUUUGCAAAUAUCUUAGUAUGCUUAAAUUAAGAAAAUUAACUUACAAAUAACUUUUCAUCAAGACGAAAGAGCUUGUUUGAAUUCUACAUAAUAUUGAUGAAAAAGUACUUAAGAAAAGCAGAUUAUUUCACUUACAACAUGGAGAAAAUCUCUUGUAAUAAGUGAAAUAAUCUGCCAAUGAAACCAGUAAUUUGUAUCAAUAUUAAGAGAUUAAAUUAAAAAGAUUUCCUAUAUCUUGCUGAACAUUUACUUGCAAGUUAGUACACUUGAAAUAAGACAAAACUAAGAUGUUUACACUAAAACUGAGACCAAAAAUACUUUGAUUUUGUGUUUUUGCAGUGCAGACUUGAGGACUAAAGACGUCAGUUUGGUACUACAACAUACAAGUAUGGGAAGAAAAAAACAAACAUAUUCCAUUAGAUCUACCUCUACUUUAAAAAGGCUUAAUAUAUAUUGCUGGUAAUAUUUUUUCUU